CUCAAAAGCAAAAAAGCAUAAGAACUUGGCCUAUAAAUAGCCAUGCUUCUUCACUAGUCUCCCCAUCCAAAAUCCAAAGAGCGUCUCAAAGUACUGAAGGGAAGUUCACCAACCAUGGCUAUGGCUUUCAAGAUGGCAACCAUUGGGUUUUCAGUGAUGGAGGAGUGCAAGAGCUCAUUCAUGGACAUGAAAAGGAGAAGGGUACACAGAUACAUUGUGUUCAAGAUAGAUGAGGAUUCAAGGGCAGUCAUGGUCGAUAAGGUCGGCGGCCCCGGUGAAGGCUACGAUGAUCUCGCCGCCUCCCUCCCCGUCGACGAUUGUCGUUAUGCUGUAUUUGAUUUUGAUUUUGUCACCGUCGACAAUUGCCAGAAGAGCAAGAUAUUUUUCAUCGCUUGGUCACCAAGUGCAUCAAGAAUAAGAUCAAAGAUGUUAUAUGCAACAUCAAAACAAGGAUUGAGGAGAGUUCUUGAUGGAGUACACUAUGAAAUGCAAGCUACAGACCCAACUGAGAUGGGAUUUGAUCUCAUUCUUGACAGAGCCAAAUGACUUUACUUUUAAUCUCUUCAACACUUGAUCAUCAUCAUCAUCAUCAUCAUCAUCUUAUCUUUUGCAUCUUUUAGUUUUUAUCUAAAUCUGCUAAUUAUAUUUAUGAUUGGCAGAAAUAAUAAUGGAUGAAUUUUAACUGUUGUUGUUUAGAUGGUUAUAAUUAGUUAACAAGUUUGGUUGGACUUGGCCAUGUUUUGUGGCUUCAUGUGCCAACAAUGAUCUGUUUUCUCUACUAAUUGAGAAACUUAUGUAACAAAUGAUUUGAAUUAAUGUACCAUAUCUUUC